AUGCCUGCGCGCAAGCGAACCCGUAAAUCCGCUAAGGCGGCUCCAGUCGAGGUUGUAGAGGAGACCGUGGAAUCGGAGGAGCAGGAAGAGGAGGAAGAGGAGGAAGAGGAAGCACAAUCCGAAGAGGAACAGGAAGAUGGCUCGUUGCAUAAGCUUCAGUUUAACCAGGUGAUCUCAUGGAGAGCUGGGAAAGCUAUACCAGUUGCACAUCUGCUUCAACGGCUCGAGGAACUAGGCUCGGAACUACGAAUGCUAGACCAGGAGGAUAUCGACCGAAGCUCAUUGACGAAGGUCUCUCAAGAGCUAGCUGAUGGACACCUGCUGGGACAUAGAGAUAAAGGUAUUCGUGCGUGGACUGCGUGCUGUGUCGUGGACAUAUUGCGCCUAUGUGCUCCUAAUGCGCCGUUCACUGUGAAUCAAUUGAAGGAUAUCUUCACAUUGAUUGUGACUUCGAUUAUUCCAGCGCUGGCAGACCCCUCCAAUGCAUAUAAUGACCAACAUAUAUAUGUUCUUUCUUCAUUGGCAGAAGUCAAGAGUAUUGUGCUGCUUACGGAUGUUCAUGCGCCUGAUACCCUGAUACUUCCUCUAUUUUCGUCUUGUUUCGAUAUUGUUUCGGGUUCUUCCAAGGCAUCAACCGGGGAGGAUCUAGCAAAGAAUGUGGAAUAUGACAUGACGCGACUUCUUGCUCCAAUCAUUGACGAGGCCCCGAGUUUAGCCCCUGAAGUCAUUGACGUGAUCGUUGCACAGUUCCUGCGCGUUGAUCCUCGGGCUAUAGACCAGUCCUUAGCCACUUCUACCGGAAAGGGCAAGAAGGGGGCUACCGGCGUUGUCGAUGCUAAACAGGGAACCCUGUUAUUGAAAGAUUACCCCCCAGCUUAUAACAUGGCGAAAGCUAUAUGUAACGCUUGCCCAGAGAAAUUGACAAGCUACAUAAGUCAAUACUUCAACAAUGUCAUACUGGAUGCUUCCGGCCCCUCGGGCAUCAACGGAUUGAAAAAUCGCCGGAAUAGUUUGGACGACUCUGAGGAUGAGGGUGAAAAUAUCAAGGAUCUUAACAAGGCUCAUAGAUUGAUACGAGAGUUAUGGCGGGCGUGCCCCGACGUACUACAGAAUGUUAUCCCACAGCUUGAGGCGGAGUUAUCUGCGGAUUCCAUAUCACUUCGCCUUCUUGCAACACAGACCAUUGGUGACCUAGCAGCGGGUAUUGGUGUUGCAGGCCCUCCUCCCGAUCCAUCAAUGGAUCCGGCUGCUUAUCCCCGUCCUUCCUUAAAUGAUGCAGAAUCUCCCUCCCACAUGAAUGCCCUCCUAACUCCUCUAUCACCUAAGCCAUUCUCAGUAUCCCACUCUUCAGCCUACGAAAGCUUCCUAUCUCGCCGUCAGGAUAAGUCCGCCUCUGUACGAGCCUCAUGGGCCACAGCCAUAGGGAGAAUACUGCUCACUUCGGCAGGAGGCACGGGUUUGAAUACUGCGGAGUCGAACGACUUGAUAGCAGGACUUACUAGGGCACUUGGAGAUGCGGAUGAAAAAGUUCGAAUUGCUGCAGUAGAGAUACUGGGAAAGUUUAAUUAUAAGGAUGUCAUCAAGAAGCUUGGAUCUGAUGGUGGCCUUUCUAAACCUGGCUCUCUUCUCUCGGUGUUAGCAGAGCGAGUUAAGGAUAGAAAACAUUCAGUACGCGAACAAGCCAUGAACGUUCUAGCAAGAAUGUGGGCGGUAGCAUCUGGGGAUGUUGAAGCAAAUAACGAGGAAGUUAUGAACGUUCUUAAAGAUGCGCCGUCUAAAAUUUUUGACGCCUAUUAUACCAAUGACCUCGACCUUCAAGUGCUUCUCGACCAUGUCAUCUACGAAAUGCUUUUGCCCCUUACUUAUCCCCCAAUCAAGGCUAAGCAAGCAAAAGGUCAGUCACAGAAGUCAAAGGCUAUUAAGGGCAGCCAGGAUGAUGAUGUAGAUCCUGACUCGAUCCGUGCCCGGCGUAUUCUUACCCUGGUCAAUGGACUGGAUGAGAGAUCAAAGAAUGUGUUCUUCGCUUUUCAAUCUCGACAGGUGAAAAUGAGGGCGUUCAUAGAUUUCUAUCUGACCGCCUGCGAGGAAUACAACAUGCAUGACCGACGCAGCUAUCACCUUAUCCGGUUUACCAUGGCUUCCGCAAGUGACUACCGCAUUGUAGCCAGAGCCAUAAGAGAGCUGUCCAACCGAAUCUCGUCAAGCACAUCUGCAACCACGACCAUGCUUGAAUCGUUGCUUCCUUUGAUAUACCGCAGCAGCUCUCUAAUUUUCAAUAGAAGCCACAUACCCUGGAUUAUGAAGAUAUCAAGGACUGAUGAGCAUGGGCUAGGCAAUAUAGCGCAUGAAAUUCUCCGCGAAACCUCCACACAAAACCCGGAAGUUCUCGAAACUCACGUUCAAGAAAUGUGCAAGGACCUAGAAUCGCAGGCUCCUAAUGCACAAAACAGUGAUGAUCCAGGGGUCGAGGAAAUUCUGAAGGCCUGUGCUGGGUUUGCCAAAAAGCUGCCCGCUAAACUACCAACUCAUAAGCAGUUCCAAGUUGCUCUGACGAAUUAUGCGAUGUACAGCUCGUCCCCCAUUGCUGCAAAGUGCGCGGUUUCUAUAAUCAUGGCAACUUCCGACAAGAAGGAGAUGUAUGCCCGGGAUCUUAUCAAGAAGAGCGUGCAGAAAUUCACUUAUGGAUCAAGCCACUUCUUAACUAAAUUAGCGGCUCUCUCUCAACUUACCCUUCUGGCAUCCAAGGAGGUCGAUAGGGAAGAAGACGCCAUUCUCAGCAUUGCUACCGACCAGAUACUAUUCAAAAACCGCAACCCAAAAGAGAAGUCCGGAUACUCAUGGUCUGAUGAAGCUGAUGAGGAGCUACAAGCGAAGGAAUGGGCAUUGAAAAUCCUCGUAAACCGAGUACGCUCUAGAGAAGAUUCGGAUGACGAUGAAGACUUCAGACAAUACGCAGACUCCGUCUAUGCUAUUUUAAAUACUCUCGUCGAGAAACAAGGAGAGCUGUCUAAGACAGAAGAUACCCCUCCAUCGCAAAAGUCUAGGCUUCGUUUGAUGGCUGCAAAAUUAAUAGUCAAGCUUUGUGCCUCAAAAACAGCCUUUGACCGAAUGUUAACACCCCAGAACUUCAAUGCCAUUGCUCUGGUGACUCAGGACCCUUUGCUUGAAUUCAAAAAACCAAAUCUCAACCCUCGGUGGUACAUCAUUACAUUCCUUGUCGCAUUCGAACCCAAUGGGAACUUAUACGAUAGCACACUUACAUGGAUCCGGUCAAGGGCAUCCUUCUUCUCCCGCCGACCAAGCAGCUCAGCCGCUGGCCAGGACCAGCAAUCAUCCCAAACGACUAUGGAAGCUCUCUUUGCUCGGCUUCUCUCUGUCCUUGCUCACCACCCCGACUACCCACCCGAAUCAUCCGAUGAAGCCACAACUGUGGAGGACCUAGUUGACUUCACCCGAUAUAUCCUCUUCUAUCUCUCUGCAGUUGCAAAUGAAAAUAACCUCUCUCUGAUAUUCCACAUUGCACAGCGUGUCAAGCAAGCACAGGAUGCAAUCUCAGACCCCGAAUUAUCACCCAUCAUGUCCGCCCGGUUACAUACCCUUUCGGACCUGUCUCAGGCCACCAUCCGCAGGUUCUCAGAAUGUUACUCUCAACAACAUAAAAUUGGUGGAAGCGGCAGCAGUGGGGUAGCAAACAUCCUCCAGACAUUCCCUGGAAAAAUGCGACUCCCCAGCAGCCUAUUUGCAAAUAUUCCUAGCCACGAAGAGGCCCAAUCAACAGCUGAGAAGAACUUCCUGCCAGAGGAGGUUGAAGAUAGGCUAGACCGCGUUGUGCGACGGUUCAUGAAGCCGAAGACUACCAACGCAAGCUCCGCAGCCGGGAAGAAACGGAAGAUCGAAUACAAGCCCAAUGCCAAACCAGCCGCCGACGAUGACGAUAACGACGCAUAUGAGAACGGAGGAUCGUCGAAAAAGCAGCGCAAGGAGAAAAAACAAACAUCAUCCCGAACUGUUCCCAUUCGCAGGAAGUCUACUGGGGGCAGUCACUCCAAGGAACCCAAACGCAAGAAGAAGAAGGAUGGAGAGGAUUGGGGUUCUGACGCCGACGAAGAGGUCAAGUCUACAUCAGCAACAGCCCGGCGGAGAAGUGGUAGAGGUACAAAGAAUAUGAACGUUAGUUACGCGGAGGGUGACAGCGACGAAGACGACAAAGAAAUGCAGGCGUGGGAUGAAAGAGAAGAGCAGCAAGUCGAAGUCCCUAGCUCGGAAACGGAGGAUAACAGCGACAAUGACAGUGACGAAGAGAACAACCUUCCGCAGGUCCCUGAAGAUGCCGACAUGAGCGAUGUUCCUCAGGAUCUAUCAACGCCAGAGGUAUCUUCGUCUCCAGCGCCUGAGCCAUCCUCUCCCAUCCCGGAGACUCGAAAGCCCAAACGAGGCCGAGCAGCAAAGUCCGCGCCCACGGCUGUGAAAAGUACACCAGGCAGGCCAAAGAGAAAGGCUAAAGCGUGA